CUCUCUCCUUUGACCUAAUAUCCCCUUAUAAAAUAUCUUUUUCCCUUUGCCCAAUUAGAGCGCCGCCACUGUUUUAUAAACAACCAUUUUGUUGAAUAAGAAAAAUCGACUGUCGGUGUUGAAGGAUUGUUGUUGCGCCUAUAUUGGUGUUGUACCAAAUCCAGGCAUGCCAACUAUUGAGAUGGCAUCUCGGUUAGUUAGUUGCUGUCCAGUAUGAGCAUUGUGGCAGGAUCUGUUGUUUUCAAUAGACUGGUUACUAACCAUUGUUGAGAUUACAUAGGAAGUUUGUGUUUCUGCCACAACUAUUAUCUUUACUCUGCACAGUAAAGACUGAAUAAUGUCAAGUGCCUUGGCUAAUGGGCUGGCUGGAGCUGGUGGAGGCAUAAUUGCACAAAUAAUUACAUAUCCCCUCCAAACUGUCAAUACACGGCAGCAGACUGAGAGAGUCUUGAAAGAGGGCCGCGAUUCUCGUGGCAGUGCCCUGUUUCAAAUCUUACAGGUGGUUAGAAGUGAAGGCUUGCCGGGGCUUUACAGCGGCCUGAAGCCUUCUCUGCUUGGAACUGCCGUGUCACAGGGUGUCUACUACUAUUUUUACCAGGUUUUCAAGAACAGGGCUGAGGCUAUAGCAUCUGCAAAUAAGAAAAGAGGCCGAGGGGAUGGUUCUGUUGGGAUGCUUUCUUGGCUCGUUGUGGCAGCACUUGCAGGUUCAGUAAAUGUAUUGCUGACAAACCCUAUAUGGGUUCUUGUUACUCGUAUGCAGACUCAUACACAAGCAGAAAGGAAAAUUGUGGAGGCAAAAAGGGAAACCUUAUUAAAGGAAGCCUCUCAAAGUGUCUUGACGGCUUCUUCCUUGGAAGUACAAUUGGCUGAGCUUGAUUCAUUGAAACCUCACUGCUAUGGGACAUUGCAAGCAGCACGGGAGGUUUAUAAUGAAUCAGGAGUUACAGGAUUCUGGAAAGGAGUCAUCCCAUCAUUGAUCAUGGUUUCUAAUCCCUCUAUUCAGUUCAUGAUUAUUGAGAGUUUGUCAAAGCAGUUAAGGGCUAAACGUGCUGCAAAGAAGAAAGACUUGCAGAAUAUAACUGCUUUGGAGGUUUUUGUAAUUGGAGCCUUUGCUAAACUUGGAGCAACUGUAUGCACAUAUCCGUUGUUGGUUGUGAAGUCAAGGCUUCAAGCAAAGCAGGAGAUUAGUGGAAAUGUCUCAUUACGAUAUUCAGGUACGGUGGAUGCUAUUAUUAAGAUGAUUCAUCAUGAAGGAUUCAGAUGCUUCUAUCAGGGAAUGCGCACAAAGAUAGUGCAGAGUGUCUUUGCAGCCUCCGUACUUUUCAUGGUGAAGGAAGAGCUUGUCAAAGUUUAUGCCGUUUUGGCUAACAAAAGCAAGGUCAAUGUAUAGUUUGCAGUCAUAAAGUGAACUAUGUAAUAAAUCUCACUGCAUAAUUGAAAAUGAUUGUACUCUAUUCAAGUUACAGAGGUUCUUUCUUUUU